AUGGAUGAAAACAAUGAAUGUGACGAGGUGGACUAUUUGCUGCAAGAUGAAGACUCACUCAUCGAAGGAGUCAGCAACCCUGUCUUGUUUGUGGUCGUUCUCAGUGUCACGUUCCUGUGUGGACUGGUAACUCUGCUCUGCAGAAAUGAGCAGUAUAACAUCCACCCAGAGAACCAGGAACAUGUCCGUGCCGUUCGGCAACAGCUACAGUCCGAAUCUCAGGAAGCUGAACCAGCCGAACCCAGGCGACAGUUCUAUACAGACAUGUCCUGUCCAGUGUGUCUACAGCAGGCCGUGCUGCCUGUGGAAACUAACUGUGGCCACCUCUUCUGUGGUUCUUGUAUAAUUGCGUAUUGGAGAUAUGGGACAUGGUUCGGUGCGAUCAAUUGUCCCAUCUGCAGACAAAUGGUGACCCUGUUGUUCCCGCUCUUCCACGAGCAAGUCUCCCCUCAGCAGGUACAGGAUGGAACGGUUGAACCGCUCUUCAUCCUCCGGGAUCUCGGCGACUACAACCGCAGGUUCUCCGGGCAACCCAGAUCUCUGAUGGACCGGCUGCGUGACGUCCCCACGUUGCUACGCCACCUCUUCAGGGAGAUGUUCUCCGUAGGGGGCCUGUUCUGGAUGUUCCGGAUCCGUGUCCUGCUGUGUCUGAUCGGGGCUCUGACCUACCUGAUCUCCCCUCUGGACUUCAUCCCCGAGGCUCUGUUCGGUCUGCUCGGCUUCCUGGAUGACUUCUUCAUCAUUCUGCUUCUGUUCAUCUAUAUCUCUAUCAUGUAUAGAGAGGUGGUGACCCAGAGACUGGCAGCGUGAUGGAGAGAGGUGGUGACCCAGAGACUGGCAGCGUGAUGGAGAGAGGUGGUGACCCAGAGACUGGCAGCGUGAUGGAGAGAGGUGGUGACCCAGAGACUGGCAGCGUGAUGGAGAGAGGUGGUGACCCAGAGACUGGCAGAGUGAUGGAGAGAGGUGGUGACCCAGAGACUGGCAGAGUGAUGGAGAGAGGUGGUGACCCAGAGACUGGCAGCGUGAUGGAGAGAGGUGGUGACCCAGAGACUGGCAGGGUGAUGGAGAGAGGUGGUGACCCAGAGACUGGCAGGGUGAUGGAGAGAGGUGGUGACCCAGAGACUGGCAGGGUGAUGGAGAGAGGUGGUGACCCAGAGACUGGCAGAGUGAUGGAGAGAGGUGGUGACCCAGAGACUGGCAGGGUGAUGGAGAGAGGUGGUGACCCAGAGACUGGCAGGGUGAUGGAGAGAGGUGGUGACCCAGAGACUGGCAGGGUGAUGGAGAGAGGUGGUGACCCAGAGACUGGCAGAGUGAUGGAGAGAGGUGGUGACCCAGAGACUGGCAGAGUGAUGGAGAGAGGUGGUGACCCAGAGACUGGCAGGGUGAUGGAGAGAGGUGGUGACCCAGAGACUGGCAGGGUGAUGGAGAGAGGUGGUGACCCAGAGACUGGCAGAGUGAUGGAGAGAGGUGGUGACCCAGAGACUGGCAGGGUGAUGGAGAGAGGUGGUGACCCAGAGACUGGCAGAGUGAUGGAGAGAGGUGGUGACCCAGAGACUGGCAGGGUGAUGGAGAGAGGUGGUGACCCAGAGACUGGCAGUGUGAUGGAGAGAGGUGGUGACCCAGAGACUGGCAGGGUGAUGGAGAGAGGUGGUGACCCAGAGACUGGCAGAGUGAUGGAGAGAGGUGGUGACCCAGAGACUGGCAGAGUGAUGGAGAGAGGUGGUGACCCAGAGACUGGCAGAGUGAUGGAGAGAGGUGGUGACCCAGAGACUGGCAGAGUGAUGGAGAGAGGUGGUGACCCAGAGACUGGCAGAGUGAUGGAGAGAGGUGGUGACCCAGAGACUGGCAGAGUGAUGGAGAGAGGUGGUGACCCAGAGACUGGCAGAGUGAUGGAGAGAGGUGGUGACCCAGAGACUGGCAGCGUGAUGGAGAGAGGUGGUGACCCAGAGACUGGCAGGGUGAUGGAGAGAGGUGGUGACCCAGAGACUGGCAGAGUGAUGGAGAGAGGUGGUGACCCAGAGACUGGCAGCGUGAUGGAGAGAGGUGGUGACCCAGAGACUGGCAGGGUGAUGGAGAGAGGUGGUGACCCAGAGACUGGCAGAGUGAUGGAGAGAGGUGGUGACCCAGAGACUGGCAGAGUGAUGGAGAGAGGUGGUGACCCAGAGACUGGCAGGGUGAUGGAGAGAGGUGGUGACCCAGAGACUGGCAGGGUGAUGGAGAGAGGUGGUGACCCAGAGACUGGCAGGGUGAUGGAGAGAGGUGGUGACCCAGAGACUGGCAGGGUGAUGGAGAGAGGUGGUGACCCAGAGACUGGCAGGGUGAUGGAGAGAGGUGGUGACCCAGAGACUGGCAGGGUGAUGGAGAGAGGUGGUGACCCAGAGACUGGCAGAGUGAUGGAGAGAGGUGGUGACCCAGAGACUGGCAGGGUGAUGGAGAGAGGUGGUGACCCAGAGACUGGCAGCGUGAUGGAGAGAGGUGGUGACCCAGAGACUGGCAGGGUGAUGGAGAGAGGUGGUGACCCAGAGACUGGCAGAGUGAUGGAGAGAGGUGGUGACCCAGAGACUGGCAGAGUGAUGGAGAGAGGUGGUGACCCAGAGACUGGCAGCGUGAUGGAGAGAGGUGGUGACCCAGAGACUGGCAGAGUGAUGGAGAGAGGUGGUGACCCAGAGACUGGCAGAGUGAUGGAGAGAGGUGGUGACCCAGAGACUGGCAGAGUGAUGGAGAGAGGUGGUGACCCAGAGACUGGCAGAGUGAUGGAGAGAGGUGGUGACCCAGAGACUGGCAGGGUGAUGGAGAGAGGUGGUGACCCAGAGACUGGCAGAGUGAUGGAGAGAGGUGGUGACCCAGAGACUGGCAGAGUGAUGGAGAGAGGUGGUGACCCAGAGACUGGCAGAGUGAUGGAGAGAGGUGGUGACCCAGAGACUGGCAGAGUGAUGGAGAGAGGUGGUGACCCAGAGACUGGCAGAGUGAUGGAGAGAGGUGGUGACCCAGAGACUGGCAGGGUGAUGGAGAGAGGUGGUGACCCAGAGACUGGCAGAGUGAUGGAGAGAGGUGGUGACCCAGAGACUGGCAGCGUGAUGGAGAGAGGUGGUGACCCAGAGACUGGCAGAGUGAUGGAGAGAGGUGGUGACCCAGAGACUGGCAGGGUGAUGGAGAGAGGUGGUGACCCAGAGACUGGCAGAGUGAUGGAGAGAGGUGGUGACCCAGAGACUGGCAGGGUGAUGGAGAGAGGUGGUGACCCAGAGACUGGCAGAGUGAUGGAGAGAGGUGGUGACCCAGAGACUGGCAGGGUGAUGGAGAGAGGUGGUGACCCAGAGACUGGCAGGGUGAUGGAGAGAGGUGGUGACCCAGAGACUGGCAGAGUGAUGGAGAGAGGUGGUGGACCCCCAUUCAAUUCAAACUUCAUUGUCCGCUCGACUGCACAGACUACACAAAGGCCCUCGGUUAGGAGGGUGCUCUGUGUGUUUCUUUGGACUGGGAGUUUUACCAUGCAAAAGAGUGGGGACGAGUUCAUGUGUCUGCUGGCAUCAAAAGGUCUAUGAUUGAGAGUCCUAAGGUUAAUAUUCAGAUAAGUCAUCAUGUCUGCUUGUUUUAUCAGUUGAGAUGUAAUCUUUUGAAUCUGAAAGUGUGUGUGUGUGUGUUUUUUAAAUGAAUUGUAUUAUUAUUUUAGGGAUUGGCUCGUUACCAAGCUGCUGCUGGAUUCCAUCUAGUCUUUGUAUAAAUACCCUGUAGCAUGACUGUGGCAUGUAAAAAGAGACUGUUAUCUCAUCGUCUUAUGUGUAAGGAUUAAUAAUGUGAAAUAAUAUUAUUAUUAUUAUUAUUAAUGAGGAAAGAAAACCGUAGACUUAUUUUAACAAAAAUAAUGACAUUUGUUACAGAUUAAAAUGAUUGUAUCUAUUUUAGUUUAAGGGCGAGACUUCAAGAAAACUACAAAAGAAAAAUAAAAACAGCCCCCCACAUUCCUAUUGAGUUCCAACCCCAGACCCCUCCUACAUCAUAUUAUUUCAACCCCAGACCCCUCCUACAUCAUAUUGUUUCAACCCCAGACCCCUCCUACAUCAUAUUAUUCCAACCCCAGACCCCUCCUACAUCAUAUUGUUUCAACCCCAGACCCCUCCUACAUCAUAUUGUUCCAACCCCAGACCCCUCCUACAUCAUAUUGUUUCAACCCCAGACCCCUCCUACAUCAUAUUGUUUCAACCCCAGACCCCUCCUACAUCAUAUUAUUUCAACCCCAGACCCCUCCUACAUCAUAUUAUUUCAACCCCAGACCCCUCCUACAUCAUAUUGUUUCAACCCCAGACCCCUCCUACAUCAUAUUAUUUCAACCCCAGACCCCUCCUACAUCAUAUUAUUUCAACCCCAGACCCCUCCUACAUCAUAUUAUUUCAACCCCAGACCCCUCCUACAUCAUAUUGUUCCAACCCCAGACCCCUCCUACAUCAUAUUGUUUCAACCCCAGACCCCUCCUACAUCAUAUUGUUUCAACCCCAGACCCCUCCUACAUCAUAUUGUUUCAACCCCAGACCCCUCCUACAUCAUAUUGUUUCAACCCCAGACCCCUCCUACAUCAUAUUGUUUCAACCCCAGACCCCUCCUACAUCAUAUUGUUUCAACCCCAGACCACUCCUAAAUCAUAUUGUUUCAACCCCAGACCCCUCCCCCCCACACAAACACAUACCUCAUGUCAUUGGAUUUCAAGUUAAUAAACUCAGCAAAAAAAUUAAA